AUGUCAAACUGCAGUAUCACUGAAGAAGGAGUGAAGGAGCUUCUUGAUUCUGUAAAGGGUCCAGUGUGUAAACUAAAACUGAGGUUUUUGGGUCCUGAUGCAGAUGAAGCCUGUCAGUAUGUGGAAAGAGUUGUGGGUAAAAACCCGUUACUCCUGAGAGAACUGAAUCUGAGUGGAAGUAAACUAGAAGACUCAAAUGUGAAGAAGCUUGCUGCUCUACUGCAGGAUAAACACUGUAAACUCAACAGACUGAAAUUUUUGAAAAGUCCUGCUGCAGAGCAAGCAUGUGAUUAUCUCACUGAAGUUCUGGGUAAAAGUCCAUUAUUACUGACAGAACUGGAUAUGAGUGAAGAUAAAUUAGGAGACCUGGAUGGAGAGAAGCUCUCUGCUCUUUUGAUUGACUCUCAUAGCAAAGUGGAGAAAAUUAAGCUGAACAAUUGUAGGCUGACAGACAAUAGCUGUUCAGUUCUAGCCACUGUUCUCUCCUCCAAAACCAUCCUGAAAGAGAUGAACCUGAACAACAGCCGUCUUCUGGACUCAGGAGUCAAAGAGAUCUGUGAGAGACUGAAGAAUCCUGUGUGUGAACUGAAGAUACUCAAACUCUGUAAGUGUGAGCUAACAGAGGAAAGCUGUUCAGCUCUUGCUUCAGUUCUCAGUUCAGACUCCAGCAGUCUGAGGGAUCUUGAUCUGAGCAAUAAUAAUCUGCAAGAUUUAAGAGUGAAGCUGCUCUCUGAUGGACUGAAAGAAAACUGUAAACUAGAGAAACUCAAACUCUCUAACUGCAGUAUCACAGAAGAAGGUUAUAAAGCUCUGGCUUCAGCUCUGAGAUCAAACCCUUCACACCUGAUAGAGCUGGAUCUCAGAGGAAAUGAUCCUGGACAAUCAGGAGUGAAGGAGUUCAGUGAUUUAUUACAGGAUCCAAACUGUUUCUGA